UUAAAAAGGGGAUGUUAAGGAGGUAUACGUGUUGUGUCGUGCAGCGUGCUCUGUCUCUCACCUUUUGAGUUUCUGCAACAAUUGUGUGUUCAUAUUCUCAUAAUUUCAUUCAUUCAUUCUUCUUCUUCUUCAAUUUCUCUCAAAAACUCUCUCAAUUCAAUUCAUUUCAAUGACCACCUCUAAUCCCAAACUUCAAAUGCAUUUCAGAUCCCUCCUCUCUCCCCUCCUCUUCUUCGCCGCCGGCCUCGCCGCCGGCUUCACUCUUACUCUGUUCAUCUUCCCUUUCCCUUUCUUCCAAUUUUCCUCUCCUCUCUCCCUCCGCUUCAACUUCAGCCAAUUCCAACUCCCCUCUCCCUCUCCUCCGCCGUCGUCUCCGCCGUCGCGGGUCGGAUUGAAGGACUUUCUGAAGCCUCCCCCGGCACUCCAUGACAUGACGGAGGAGGAGCUUCUGUGGAGGGCCUCCCUGGUUCCCCGCCGGAUUCCGAACUUUCCGUCGACGGAGAAGUCACGCCGGAAGAUCGCGUUCUUGUUUCUGACAAAAGAUGGAGUCGGUUUGGCUCCGCUUUGGGAACUUUUCUUCAAAGGCCACCGUGGAUUUUAUUCCAUUUACGUUCAUCGGAGUCCUUCCUCAAACGCCACCGUCGAUUCCUCCUCUGUUUUCUAUGGCCGCUCAAUCCCCAGUAAGGGAGUGAAAUGGGGAGAACCAAGCAUGAUGGAGGCAGAGCGGCGGCUCCUGGCAAACGCAUUACUAGAUUUCUCCAACCAAAGAUUCAUCCUUCUCUCCGAAUCCUGCAUCCCACUCUUCAAUUUCUCCACUAUUUACAAUUACUUAAUGGGCUCUAAAUCCACUUUCAUCGAGGCCUACGACCUCCCAGGCCCAGUGGGCCGAGGCCGCUACACCCCAAAAAUGCGGCCCACAAUCAACCUCCAUCAAUGGCGCAAGGGCUCCCAAUGGUUCGAAAUGGACCGAACCAUCGCCUCCCAAGUCGUCUCCGACCACAAAUUCUUCCCCGUCUUCCAGAAAUUCUGCAAACCCUCUUGUUACAUGGACGAGCACUACCUUCCCACCUUCGUCGGAAUCCGGUUCUCCAAGACCAACUCCAACCGGACCUUGACUUGGGUCGACUGGUCCAGAGGCGGCGCUCACCCGACCCGCUUCAUUAGAACCGAUGUCACCGUUGGAUUGCUUCAGAGGCUCAGGAAUGGAAGCCACUGCGAGUAUAAUGGAGUUAUGACUAAUCUCUGUCAUUUGUUUGCUAGGAAAUUCAUGCCUAAUUCUUUGAAUAGACUCCUCAUGUUUGCUCCUAAGCUCAUGCAGUUUAAUCAUUAAUUUUCUUUUUCAAGUGUAUUGAAUUUUGAG